AUGCAGCCAACAAUUGAUGACGAUUUUAUCAACAAAAUCGUUGGAGGACAAGUAGCUCGUCCCGGGCAAUAUCCAUAUCAAGCAUCUCUCCGACUUUUCAAGCAAAAUCAACAUUUUUGCGGAGGCGCGAUCAUAUCAACUCGUAAUAUUCUCACCGCAGCUCAUUGUUUCAUCGAUGGCACGCGAGCUCAUCAAAUUUAUGCUACAGUUGGAGCUUCAAAUCUUUACGAUGGCACCAAUCAUUACGUUUCUCAGAUCGCGUCGCAUCCUUAUUUUAACUUAAAAGCCAUAACGAAUGACAUUGCAGUCGUUUUUGUAAAGACUCCGUUCACUUUUGACAAAUUAGUUCAACCUGUUCCGAUUGAAUCCAAAUUUUUGGCGGGCGGAGAAGAAGCUUUUGUCUCGGGAUGGGGAAGAUUUUACGAAAAUGGACCGAUUGCGACGACAUUACAAGGCGUGAAAGUUCGCGUGAUGUCGAAUAAUAAUUGCAUAAAUUCGUAUAAAAAUCAUCCGGAGAAGGAAUUGGGAACGAAAAUUACAAAUAGGAAUUUGUGUACGACGAUUGUCAAAGGAAAGGGGUUUUGUAGCGGAGAUUCAGGAGGUCCAUUAGUAUCAACGAAAGGAUAUUUAAUAGCAAUCGUCAGUUGGAGCCCUUAUGGCUGCACAUAUUCCGACUAUCCCGAUGUCUACACACGAUGCUCUGUCUACAAAACAUGGAUCGACAAUACCAUAAACUCCAAAUAUUAUCUCCGACAACUCGCGCUUGAUAGUUUUGAUGCCAUAAACAAUAAUCGUACUGACAUUAAAUUAAUUUAA